AUGCCGCUCUCGAAAUCUGACGCUCAGGCCCCACCCUCCGCACGUCUUUGUUGGCAAACAGUUCUGGGGGCUGCCGGAGGUCGCGGGUCGUCUCCGCGUGAGAAGGGAGGUGCCGAGGUCAGCGCCCCUGGUGGCUCCCGUUACGAGAAUCAGCGAGGGGUUCCCGCUCUUCCUUCCCUAGGCUUCAGUGCCCCCUCGUUUCACAGGUAUCAUUCUGAUCAUUGCUGUUACAGGAGGGAUGAGAGGAAAUUAGAGGGGCUAGAAGAACCAGAAGACCUGUUAAAACUCAUGAAUCCAAAGAAAAGUCAUUUGCUUCUGUGCUUCAAUUCCAUAAUAAAAUGAGUAUAAUGUCA